AUUAAGAUUCCUUCGACAGAUUUCUGUUUGCUUUACAGUGUUCCUCUUGAACUUAGGCACCUUGCAGCUCCCUGUCCAGUCUGCCACGACACUGACAGAUUCCUGGGCUGGACCGCCUUUGAUAAGCAUCCUAUGGUAUUUUGUUCAAGAUGGCGGUGGCGAGCAUGGAAAAGGACGCGAUAAACACCGAAGAUGAUCUUCACCUUAAUAACUCGUUUGGAGAUUCUGGGCUUAUCUCCCCUGAUAAAGAAGACAUCUCUCGUAUUCUGACAGUUCCUUUUAGUGGACGGAUCAGAGGUGGCAUGAGGCCUGGGAAGAAAAUUAUUAUAAUGGGCAUCAUUGAUCCAGAGCCAGACAGCUUUGACAUCAGUUUGAACUGUGGACACAAUGAGGAGAACGAUGAUGAAGAGCUCACUGACGUGGCCCUUAAACUCAGCGCACGUUUCACCGAAAGGCAGUUCCUGAGGAAUGCACGGGUUUCUGGGAAAUGGAGUGAGGAAGAGACACCCAUAGCUUACUUCCCCUUCAUCCCAGACCAGCCUUUUAGGAUUGAGAUCCAUUGUGAGCACCAGCGUUUUAGGAUCUUUGUGGAUGGACACCAGCUGUUUGACUUUUAUCACAAAGUAAAGUCUUUGCCAGCCAUUAAUAAGAUCCGGAUAGUUGGGAGUCUUCAGAUCACCAAGCUGGGCUAACCAAGCACACCUGAGCACGCGCAAGAAAGGACUUCUCACAGGUGACCAUCUGCACCUGUGCGUUUGCCGCAGCUCACACAAAGACAUCAACAACAUCUGCAUUUCCACUUCUCUUUUGCCCUCUAACCUCACAUUGUAAUGAUUUCUGAGUAUUGCAUCAUAACGGGUUUGGUGACUGGUUGCAAUAUCAGAUGUGUGUUUUUCCAGUAUCUUUGCUUCACAUUGUAGCUUAUUUGUUUAGCUUCAAUAAUUUUUCAGGGAUCGCACACGUUGAUAUGCACUCUGUGGCAGUAACAUACGCCACUGGGAUUUAGCUGCUCUCCAUAGACACUGCCAAUGCACUUGUGCUUGUAGUCUAUCAGUGUAGGUUCAAAAUGAUCCAAAACUCAGGAAAUCAGAUAAAGUUGAUUUUACUUCAUUUCACUCUGAUGAUAAAUUUGCUUUAAAUUAUUAUGAGUUACUCUGAAAUGCUUUGGCUGCUAGAAUAUAUGAGCUCCGAUUCCGCAUUUGCUGUUUCACCUGGGUUUGAUUUGUUAUUUAAUCAGAAUAAUUAAAAUAUUUUGGAAGGAAGAUGUUAUUUUAUCUCCAAAUUGUGUAGCAGGGUGUAUGGUAGACGUUUAAAUAGCGUACCUUACCUUUCCUGUCUCUGUCCAUUGCGGCUAUUCAUUUUGGGAGAUAUAGAAUGUGUUGCACUGAAAUUUUGUAGAAUGUCGCAUGCGGAUUAUUUAAUUUGAGGUAGAGGAAGCUUUUAUUUUUGGAAAUUUGAUCAUCCAGUCAUUCUCUUCCAAGCCAGCACAGUAUUUAAGUACAACAGUAUCAUGUUAAAUCCUUGGCAACCAAACCAACACCACUGUUUAAUUACAUUGUUUUCAUUGUGGAUUAACUUCAGUGCAGCAGUUUUGCAAAAAAUAACUCCGCUUAUCUGUUUACGCUUUAUUAUGAGCACCUCGUGAAAGUUGAAGGAGCAGAUAUAACAGGGCUGAAUUGUUUCUUGAAUGUACUGUCAUCCACUGAUAGGCUUCGUAAUAGCUUAUAGCUGUGGGUGUAAAGUGAGCGUCUUCAAAAAAAAUCUAUUAUUCUCUCCUCCUCCUUCAUACUCCUUAUGUCACUCUCAUUAUUAAUAUAUAAACGCAGUCAAUGGUCAGCAUGUUUCUGUAUUCAGCAGUGAUUUUGCUGAGAUCCUCUGCCCUGUACACCCACAAUGCUGUCCACUCGGUUGUCUUCUGCUCAACUUCCACUUGUAGAAUUGGAUUAGUAUGAUAGCAGUGAUUAUUACUGCUACUUAUUACAUAACAAUAUCCAAAAAACACUUCUUGAUUUGCAUUCAUUUGCAUGACAUGCAUGUACACUACCAUUCAAAAGUUUGGGGUCGGUAAAUUUUCUUUUUACUGUUUUUGAAAGGAGUCUCUUAUGCUCACCAAGACUGCAUUUAUUUGAUGGUAACUGCAGUAAAAACAAUAUUGUUUCUGUUUGUGUGAAAUAUAAUUUAAAAUAACUUCAAUUGUAUUAAAAAAAAAAAAAGGUUUAUUCCUGUGACGGCAAAGCUGAAUUUUCACUCUGGUCUUAAGUGUCACAUGAUCCUUAAGAAAUCAUUCUGAUAUGCUGAUUUGAUGCUCAAGAAACCUUUAUUUUGAUCAGUGCUGAGAACAUCUAUGCUGCAUAAUUAUUUUUGUGGAAACUAGGUGGUAUUAACAUCUUCAAAAAAACUUACUGACCCUAAAUUUUGAUUGGUGUAUGUAGUACUACUGUCACAUCAACUCUUGUGUGGAUGAAUGUGCCCUGUUCUGUAGUGAAUGAGUCAGCAAUGCUUCUCAUUAGUCAAUAUUACUGUGUAUAUAUUCAGUAUUAUGGUCACUAUUGUAAUAUUUUCUAAUACUAUACUUGUAGUUGGUCUGUGCCCUGGAACACAUGGAAACAGGCAGUGACGAAUGAAGUAGAAGGACUGCCGUUUUGUCUGCUUUGCUGGUCGAUUUACUUGACUGAAUUUCAUGUAAUUAAAUAAUGCUAUUAUACGCCAGAGAGUGCUUCGCGCCAGCCAAAAACAUUUGCCCACAUCAGCGUCUGGUCAACAUUGAAGUCAGAAUAUUUAUUGAGUGCAAUAUUAAAGAUCCUUAAUCUGUUGAGAAGGUACUCCUGAUAGAAAACUCCAGCUAAAUAAAGUAUUGUACAUUUUAAUGUGAAGUAGAUCAUUUUUAUACUUGGCUGAUUUUCUCUGCAGUUGUUUGUGCCUCAAACUCGUGCAGAGAUUGUUUAAUCGGUACGGCAGCCCAAGCAAUAUGGUCCUUGACCACACACCCAUGUGACAUGUUGUGGCAAAUGCACUUUGAUAUGACAUGCUUAGCAAAUGAAACAUGGUCAUCUGGACCAAUAUGAUACACUUAACAGUAUUGCUAUUUAACUGCUAAAUCUGUGAGUUGUGAGCUUCAUUCUGUCUGGUGAUGUUUAAAUGUUGACCAUUCUUAAUUUAGUCUCUGAACAAUGAGUGUGUGAAAUUACACCUGGAUAACAGAAAAAUGGGGAGGGAGAAAGAACGCACACAAGGAGAGAAUGUCAAUAGUGUUGACUUCGCUUUAAGAAACCUUACCAUACUAAUAGAUUGUUAAUGUAUUUGGCAGACGCUGUUAUCCAAAGUGACUUACAGUUCAUUGAAGUUUUAACAAACAUGCAUUUCUCCCUAUGAUCCUAUUAAUAUUCCCAAUUACUGAUACCAGUUCUAAUGCUUCCAUCUUUUAUUGCUCUUUCUUGUCUUGUAUCUCAAAAGUAACAAUUUAUCAAACUGGUUCACAUUUAUGAGGGUUGAAAAUGAAUGUCCUGGUUGUAAACCAUUGUUCUGAAGCCUUCGAACUUGGAUGUACAUAUACUAAACAGGGCCUCUGUAUGCAUUUUUUUUUUAUUUGAUUUUUUUCAAUAAUGUUUUGACACUAAAGAGUGUUUGUAUGGUGUAUGUGACAUUUAGUGUGAGUUUUCACUGGUUUCCAGUUCAUCAACCUUUUAGUUGAUUUCUUAAGAUUCUAGGUAGCAUGGUAUGUUUCUUUUUCCUCUUUUGGUCUUUUAGAGCUUUGCUUUUAGAGCUUAAUAUGUCAGUUCUUUUAUUUAAAGAGACUAUUUCAGAUGUGUUUUGUAUUCCUAAUGUGGCCCAUUACUUAGAGUUAGUUUGUGAUGUUGGAUGUAGUUGCACAAUCAUUUUCAUGAAUUAAAACUUGUUGGUUGAGUGUGCUUUUGUAACUUGGUAUUUAUCAGAAAUGUGCCUAUUGAAAUAUGGCGUUGGUGUUUGGGAUCUAAAAUUGUAUUCUUACUAAUGAUUUACACCAACAGACUUCAGUUUUGAGUUGCACUUUUCAAAGUAACUAACUUUUUUUUUUUUUUUUUUUGGUAAUGCACUUCAUGUGUGGUUGACGCAAGUGCUGCUAUUGAAACUAAUCAAUAAAAACAAAUUCAUAAUUUGCCAAGGUAUGAAAUGUCUGUCAUCCAGAAUCCCUUGUAAAAUACUUCAAUAUGUAUGGUACAACUAAAGAGUAGCAUUUGGGUGAAAAAAAAAAAAGUGUGUGUGUGAAUAAAAAAAAAAAAGUGCAUUACAAAUACCUAAAAGUACACUUGUGGUGAUUAAUUCUGUUCGGUCAUCUGGAUAAACAAGUUAAUGUGAAUGCAUUGUGUUUUCAUUUUAAAGGCAAGAUUUGUUUAUUUUGUGAGUUUUGUAACCUCUAUGAAUUUUGGUGCUUUUCUAAUGGAUUUGCAGACCAAUAAAUCAGUCCUUA